UUUAGAUGGCUGCAGUUGAAUGGGAGAGCGGAGAAGAGUUGAUCGUUGAGUUGCCGUUUGUGAGACAUAGUAAGAAGGAUGGAGUUUUGUAUCUGACCAAUCAGAGAAUGGCUUGGGCUGAGUAUAGUGCAAAGGAGUUCAAGUUUCAAUGCGGAUAUUCAAACAUGAAAUCUCAGAGAAUAAGCCCGGAGACGAGUUCAAAGGUUCAGUUGCAAAUUGUGUUGUAUGACGGUUCAACAGCCACGUUUCAUUUCACAAAUAUCUCGGCUGAUGGAAUAGCACUGCAGGAGAGAAACACAGUCAAGGACAUGCUUGCCAAGUUUAUACAACAUCACAAGCCAAAACCAAAUAAAGAAUUGGAAGAGAAGACAAAACUUUUGAACAGUGACCCAUCUCUCUAUCAGUUAUACAAAGACAUUGUUGUAUCUGGAAUUCUCACUGCAGAAGAAUUCUGGGCAAACAAACAGACAGUCACAAAGACAUCAAGCGACGAGCAAAAAACAGGCAUAUCACCUGCAACCAUGGCUGAACUGCAACCGCAAGUUAAUGGAGCAAACGCUGUGAAAUACACUCUGACUCCAGAGAUUAUGAGAGCAAUCUUUAAGACGUAUCCUGCAGUUGAAAGAAUACACGCGGAGAAUGUUCCUGACAAGAUGUCUGAGGAGGAUUUCUGGCGUCAGUUCUUUGAUUCUCAUUACUUUCAUUGCGAUCGCAUGAGAGGAACAGGAAGUAGUAAGCGAAAAGCUGAUUUGAUAUCACAGUCAGCAGAGAAGGAUGAAACAGAACAGUUAGCAGAAAGUCUAAAAGAGUGCAUCAACCCACUAUUGGAUCUCACAGUACAGUCAACAGAGGUUGAAACAUACGAAGGCUACGGAACAGGCCUCUUUCCAUCACUUGUUUCCUCCUCAUCUCAUCCACCACCAUCAUCAUCAUCAUCUACAUCUGGUUCUAAAUCUCUUAUUCGACGGUUCAACCACCAGAGCAUGAUGAUAUUGAAAUCAAGGACUAAAGAUCAAGUCACUAGUACUGAACUUGAAACCGGAAAUGCAGAGAAGAAAGCCAAGUUAUUAAGAGAAACAGUAGAAAACAGUGAACUAGCAAGAGUGACAGAAUCUUCGGUUGUCGGUCUUACAAUCUCAAAUUCUGAACGUUAUUGUCAUGGACCAACAAUAGUACAGACGACGGACAGUGGGAGUGAUGCAGCCGAAGGGAGACAUCAUGCAUUAGAGGCGUUUCAACAGCAGUUGUCACAGUGGAAUGCAAACUUGUCUAAUGUGAUGUCAAGUGAAGACGCGUGUCAUGCACUUGCUAACUUGUCACCAGGUGGAGUACUGAAUCCUGCACAGCAUGCAGGUGGAACGCAGUACGUUGCUGGUGCUUCUGUUGAAGAGCUAGUGAAGAGACAACAUUGUGCACUCGCUGAGCUACUAAGACACUUCUGGAUGUGUUUCCCUGCAACAUCGAAGUUUUUAGAAGAAAAGGCAACAAGAAUGGCUGCUUGUUUACAGAGUUUUCGAGAUUCUAAGAUGAUGGAAUUUAAGGAGAAACUUCCUGUUGAACAUCAUCAGUUGAGUGAACAUCUAGAUGACAUGCUACAAGCAGCACUUGACAAAUACUCAACAUGGCAAGCAAGAAAACUAGCCAAUAAAUCACGAACUCAAAAACCAUCAUAAUAGAAUAGUAUGUAUUAGUAGAGUAUUUAUAGGAUAAUAAUAUAAUUGUUACAUAUUGAUGGUUGUAGAGGUGGUUUGAUGCUUUCUAUGAAAGUUUGUGUUACAUAUUGGGAGGCAGGGCCUGAUAUGCAACAAUUUGUUUCUUGGUAUAAAUUGAAAUAUGGCUGGUGUGUG